AUGGUGCGGGAUCGAUUUGACAAAAGGAGAAGGAGAAGCAGCGACGCUUCUCUUGUCUGCCACAGCUUGGGGGGGAGGGGAGGUGCUCCGGCGGUCUCCUUGGCUGUUCUUCCUUGUCGCCAGCAGAUCACAUGUAGGGAGGGGACUCCUUCUCCACCAGGGUUUAGAAACAGAGAGAAAGUUCUUGUAACUUGCUCACGUCUUACAGGUUUGAGAAACACGAUGGGGUAUGUCCUAAUUGAUGAGGGAAUAGUUGAUGAAGUUGAUUAUGUCCUAAUUGAUGAGGGAAGAAACCCAUUGCUGAUAAGUGGUGAGGCUAGCAAGGAUGCUGCACGUUACACAGUUGCAGCUAAAGUAGCUGAGCUUCUCAUGCGUGGCCUCCUUAAGGAUAAUUCAGUGGAGUUGAUAGAAGAAGGAAUAGCCCUAGCUGAGAUGGCUCUAGAAACAAAAGAUCUAUGGGACGGGAAUGAUCCUUGGGCUAGUUGUAGUGGCACAAAUCACCUAAUACUGGAAACUAUCAUUGCUGAAACAUCAGUGACAAUACCUGGAAUUAAGUAUGUGAUUGAUCCUGGAUGGGUAAAAGUGAGGAGUUACUCUCCUGAUAGUGGCAUUGAGUCUCUAACUGUUCUUACAACUUCAAAAGCUCAAGCUCUUCAAAGGAGUGGGCGUGCAAGGCGUGAAGGAGCUGGGAAAUACUUCUGUCUUUAUCCAGAGAGCAGAUUUGAGGGACAUGAUGAUUCCACAAUGCCAGAGAUCAAAAGAGGCAACCUUUCUAAUGUUAUUUUGUAGCUUAGUGCUCUUGGUGUUGAUGAUAUACUUGGAUUUGACUUCAUGGAGAAACCCGAUAGAGAUCAAAAGAGGCAACCUUAUGUAGGAACUGUUGAACCGCAUGGGUCAGUUGGGGCAGUGGUCGGGCGGCAGGCAAUUGCCCAGGGUAGUCUCGGAAUCUUAGCUUUAGAGAAGAUAGACGCACCCAGCAAAUUUACCACGGAGACUAUAUCCGGUCUGAGUGAAAAAUAGAGAAGACAGUUAUGGAUAGCGAACCAGAGUGCAACUAUGAUGCUUGUAAAGGUAAUGAGUAGUUGUAUGCAUUUGGAAUUUGCUGAAGCUCUCUUUCGAUAUACUGCU